AUGAUUGGGCUGGGGGGGAUGGUGACAGCGAUGGACGAGAGAAUGAUGGAGGUGGUGGUGCGGCAUGCGCUGCAGGCGAGAGAGGAGGCGCAGAGGAGGGCCGUGCAGGAGAGUGCGCGGGCUGGAGAGCUGGCUCUGAAGGUGGCGAGGGCGGAGAGCCUUGAGAGGGCGGCGAAGGAGGCGCGAGGGGUGGCAGAGAGGGCAGAGCGGGACAAGGCAGUGCAGGAGGCGAAGAUCAGAGCGAGCUAUGAGGCUCUACUGGGGAACGACAAGGAGGGGGACGCACUGGCAGAGGCAGAGAGGCAGCUGGAAGCACAGCAGGCAGAGCUGCAGGAGCUUCAGGCCAAGCAGACGGCUCUGGCGGACGACCUCAAGGCCAGGUUCUGGAGCACUGUGAAGAGCGAGCUGUAUGACCAGACCAGGGCCCGUAGGGAGGGAUGA